UGUCUGUUCUGCAAGUGUUUUACUUAAAGGGGGAGACUGUCAGAUGCACUUACAAGAUUCCGACUGUCUGGACGCUACUGGCAAAUACCACAUUAAGAAAACAUAGCAAAGGAUACUGAGAAUAAAAUGAAGAAUUUAAGGCAUGGAUCUGCUAGUCUUAACUAGACCUUUUGACUGAGUGAAAACAGGAAACCAAUCGGAACAUCUGAAGAAAUUCGCCCCAAUUAUCUCAUACUAAUGACCGAUAAAUCAGUCUGAUUUUUGCUUCUAUAAACCUUCAGUGUACCAAAAGUAAAACCCUAAAGGCAGAGCCAUGGGUGACUAUAACUGUAGCAAUUUUGCUGUGGUGUACACAAUGCCUGAAGAAUUCCUCUCCAGAAACAUUCCUUAUCCCAUGUCUAACUGUGAUAUAAAUUACGAUGUUUCAGAAGACGAAAUGAUGGAUACAACUCAAGGCAAGCCCUUUUUUGCUGCCACUAUUGUAAUUGGUGUGGUUUUAGUAUGUAUCAUGCUGGUCUGUGGCAUUGGUAACUUUUUGUUUAUUGCUACACUGGCUAGAUACAAAAAACUGAGAAAUCUAACCAACCUGCUCAUAGCUAAUCUGGCCAUUUCAGAUUUCAUUGUUGCAAUUGUGUGUUGUCCAUUUUUAGUGGAUUAUUAUGUUGUGAGGCAGCUUUCCUGGAAACAUGGACUAAUGCUUUGUGCUGCUGUCAAUUACCUCAGAACGGUGUCUCUUUACGUCUCCACAAAUGCCCUCUUGGCUAUUGCAGUAGACAGGUAUCUAGCUAUUGUUCACCCCCUGAGGCCCCGAAUGAAGUAUCAAACAGCCUAUUUCCUCAUCGCUGGAGUCUGGGUUGUACCCAUCUUAAUCUCUAUCCCAUCUGCCUAUUUUGCAUCAGAGACUACCUUUUCUCACGGCAGAAGCCAGGACAAAAUCUUCUGUGCUCAGAUCUGGCCAGUUGACCAACAGCUAUACUACCGGUCAUACUUCCUCUUCAUCUUUGGAAUUGAGUUUGUCGGCCCAGUCAUGACAAUGACCAUGUGCUACGCCAGGAUCUCUCGGGAGCUGUGGUUCAAAAGCGUUCCUGGAUUUCAAACUGACCAGAUUAGGAAGAGGCUUCGCUGCAGAAGAAAAACAGUGAUGGUCCUCAUGGGCAUCUUGACUGCCUACAUUCUUUGCUGGGCUCCUUAUUAUGGAUACACAAUCCUGCGGGAUUUUUAUCCCACAAUCAUCUCAAGAGACAAGAACUCCUUGAUUGUCUUCUACAUUAUUGAGUGCAUUGCAAUGAGCAACAGUAUGAUCAACACCUUUUGUUUUGUAAGUGUAAAGAAUAACACUGUUAAGUAUUUAAAGAAAAUAGUCCUCUUGAGAUGGCGAUCUGCUUAUGCGUCCCACAAAACUGGUGACGAAUUGGACCUCAGAACCUCUGGGAAUGCUGUGACGGAAGAGGUAGAAUGUAUAAGGCUGAAAUAAAAAAAUGGUGUUAGCUGUGUACUAAACAUAGUGGUGUUUGGUCUAGAUAAUGUAUGUACCGUCUGAAUGUAACCAGUUCUGCCUGUUGUUGCCUUUGUUUAGUCCUGUCUACCUGAAAUGUUAAUGUUCUUAUAGUUGAAAAUAUGAACAUCACAUUAUAUACUAUUUGUAUGUAUUUGAUAUCUGAAGAUGAAAACCUUAUUUGUACAUAUUGUUGUAAAUUGUUACUCAUUAAUUGUAUAUUAAUA